AUGGCCAGUGUGACGCUGCGCUACUUCUGCUAUGGCUGCCUCGCCACCUCGGCCACCUGGUCCCUCCUCCUCUUCCUCUACUUCUCUCUGGGGGCUGAGUCGGGCCCCAGGUCCCCUCUGCCGCACCGGGGACGGCUCAUCACUGGGGUCCUGUCCGAAGAGAAGGCGGGACGCCGGCCUCAGCCACCCAAUCGGGGAGCAGAGCUGUCACCGGAGAUGGGGAUGAUAUUCAACGAAGAGGAUCAGGAGCUCAGAGACACUGGUUACCACCAACACGCCUUCAACGUCCUCAUUUCCACAAGACUGGGCUACCGCAGGGAGCUGCCAGACACUAGGGUGUCCCAGUGCAAGGACAAAGUCUAUCCUCUGGAUCUACCUUCUGCCAGCAUUGUGAUCUGUUUCUUCAACGAGGCCUUCUCUGCCCUGCUGAGAACUGUCCACAGCGUGCUGGACAGAACGCCGGCCCACCUGCUGCAUGAGAUCAUUCUGGUGGACGACCACAGUGAGCUCGAUGAGCUAAAGGAACACUUAGACCGCUACAUCAGUGAGGAGCUGGAGAGGAAGGUCCAGCUGGUGAGGAACCAGAGGAGGGAAGGACUCAUCAGAGGACGGAUGAUAGGAGCCUCACACGCUACUGGUGAAGUGCUGGUUUUCCUGGACAGUCACUGUGAGGUCAAUGAGGCCUGGCUGCAGCCUCUGCUGGCUCCGAUCCAGAUGGACCGCCGCACCGUCGUCUGCCCAGUCAUCGACAUCAUCUCAGCUGACACGCUCGCUUACUCGUCCUCCCCCAUCGUCAGAGGAGGCUUUAACUGGGGGUUGCACUUUAAGUGGGACCCCGUCCCACCCUCUGAGUUUACAGGGCCAGAGGCAGCUACCAGGCCAAUAAGGUCUCCCACCAUGGCUGGAGGUUUGUUCGCUAUGAACAGGAGGUACUUCAACGAGCUUGGCCAGUAUGAUGCCGGCAUGGACAUCUGGGGUGGAGAAAACCUGGAAAUCUCCUUCAGGAUCUGGAUGUGUGGGGGUCAGCUGCUCAUCGUCCCCUGCUCCAGAGUUGGUCACAUCUUUAGGAAGAGGAGACCUUAUGGAUCCCCGGGGGGGCAGGACACCAUGGCCCACAAUUCUCUGCGUCUGGCUCACACAUGGAUGGACGAGUACAAGGAGCAGUACCUCUCUCUGCGACCAGAGUUACGCGAGCGCAGCUUUGGCGACAUCAGCGACAGGGUGGAGCUAAGGAAACGGCUAAAGUGUCGCUCCUUCCGCUGGUACCUGGACACCAUCUACCCUGAGAUGCAGACCAUCGCCAAUGGCAACAAGCAGCUGCAGCCAGUGUUCAUGAACAAGGGGCUGAAACGACCCAAAGUCCUGCAGAGAGGACAGCUUCGUAACCUGGCGACUGGACGUUGUCUGGUGGCCCAGGGCCGAGCCAGUCAGAAGGGGGGCACCGUCGUCCUGAGACCUUGUGACCCUCGAGACCCAGAGCAGCAAUGGGUCUACGAUGAGGAGGGUCAGCUGGUCCUGGCAGGUCUGCUGUGUCUGGACGUGUCAGAGGUCAGGACAUUUGACCCUCCCAGACUGAUGAAGUGUCACGGUUCUGGAGGGUCACAGCAGUGGAGCCUGGGGAAAUCCAAUCGUCUCUACCAGGUUUCAGUUGGUCAGUGUCUGUCCGUUGCACAGCCAAUGGGGGCCAAAGGCUAUGUCUCCAUGGUGAUCUGUGACUCCUCUCAGGUGCAACAGUGGCAGCUGCAGGCCUGAAGACAGGACAACUUUGUGGAUUUGACGUGUUUUAGUUUCUCCUGAGCUUUUAGAAGACUCACCUUUAUCUGAUCUGCUGAAGACACGCUGAAGUAUCCUGGAAUGGUUUUGAAUUUGGGAAACAAGUAUUCCAGAAAUCAACUGGAGUAGGUUUUCAUUUCUGACUUGGCCUGUAAUGACAUUGAACAUCCCGGAAGUAAUGCUCUGCAUCCUGUGUGAAGUGGAGCUGAUAUUUUGGGGUUUUAAUCCCAGAUAUCGCUGUUAGUGUAACGGUGAGAAUCUGAUUUUAAAGUGAUUCAUUUUUUAACAUGUUCUGAAAGUCUAUGAGUCUCUGGACUAGCACUACUGGACAGAUGAAUCCUGUGCUGGGUCCGAUCCACAGUGUUACAUCAGUGUUCUAACAUCUUGAGUCAUUUAUUAAACAGCUUAAGACAGGUUCCCUGUUUUAAAUACACACACUUGUGUGAGAGUGCACGUAACAAGUGAUAGUGAAGGUUGGAUUCAGUUCAUGUGCAGCUGCUGCCCUCCACCUGGUAGGUGCAGAGAGAAGCUGCUAAGUCACAGCUGGAUCCUCCAUCAGGUUUUAAGGAGUUUCUAUUCAGGUCACACAGUUACCGCAAUAAAUAAUCAUUUACAGUAUUUAAGAUUUUUUGUCAUGAACCAAAAUAAACGUUUUCCAUUA